CCAUUAGGCAAUCGGCGACAAACGCAGUUGCUAUAAAACACCCGUCAAGUUCACACCUGCACAUCAAAACCGCACAAUGUUGGUGAAAAGAGCUUUCAUUGCAACAAUUUUGUUACUAAUUUGGUUGGUGGCUUGGUCAGAAGCACGGCGCAGUCGUACCAGAUCGAGAACAAAAUCUAAAGUACAAAUUGGUCUACCUAUCACCGGCAAAUACAGGGACCCCGAAUCUGAUCAGUACUACAACAAUAAUGAUGGCGCGAAAAUUUUAUUGGCGUCGCACUUUGAUCUUGAAUACGUGUUGGGUCAUAAAAUUGCAUUUCUAUGCACCGCAAAAGGAACUCCGCGACCUCAUAUAACUUGGUUCAAAGAUGGCACUGAAAUAUUUGCCCAUCAUUACUUGCAUCUUCUUUUAUUCCAGAUUCACGAAUGGCUUAUUGGAGAAGACCGCGUGAAGUCCAAAAUCGAAAUCGAUCCUGCUACCCAAAUGGAUGCAGGCGUCUACGAAUGUACUGCAGACAACAUGUAUUCAAUUGACCGACGUUCUUUCAAAACUGAUUUCUCCAUUGCUUUUGAUUGAACUAAAUAUACAUUCCUAAUACAGAAACCAUUUAGCAUGACUAUAUAUUAUAUAAAAAAAUAAUAUUAUACAUAUACUUUAUUAUUAAAAAAAAUAUUUUUUCCAAA